AUGGCCUGGAGCUCCGGCCCCAUGGCGCUGCUCCUCAGCUUUGGCCUCCUCGCACUGUGCUCAGGAGUCUGGGGUACAGACACAGAGGAGCGGCUGGUGGAGCAUCUCCUGGAUCCUUCCCGAUAUAACAAGCUUAUCCGUCCAGCCACCAAUGGGUCUGAAUUGGUGACAGUACAACUCAUGGUAUCGCUGGCCCAGCUCAUCAGUGUGCAUGAGCGGGAGCAGAUCAUGACCACUAAUGUCUGGCUGAACCAGGAGUGGGAGGAUUAUCGCCUCACCUGGAAGCCUGAGGAGUUUGACAACAUGAAGAAAGUUCGGCUCCCCUCCAAACACAUCUGGCUCCCAGAUGUGGUCCUAUACAACAAUGCUGACGGCAUGUACGAGGUGUCCUUCUAUUCCAACGCCGUGGUGUCCUAUGACGGCACCAUUGCAUGGCUGCCACCUGCCAUCUACAAGAGCGCUUGCAAGAUCGAAGUAAAGCACUUCCCGUUUGACCAGCAGAACUGCACCCUGAAGUUCCGUUCAUGGACCUACGACCGCACGGAGAUUGAUUUGGUGCUCAAGAGUGAUGUGGCCAGCCUGGACGACUUCACACCCAGUGGCGAGUGGGACAUUGUGGCCCUGCCCGGCCGGCGCAACGAGAACCCCGACGACUCCACCUACGUGGACAUCACAUACGACUUCAUCAUCCGCCGCAAGCCGCUCUUCUACACCAUCAAUCUCAUCAUCCCCUGCGUGCUCAUCACCUCACUGGCCAUCCUGGUCUUCUACCUGCCGUCCGAUUGCGGAGAGAAGAUGACGCUGUGCAUCUCGGUGCUGCUGGCGCUCACCGUCUUCCUGCUGCUCAUCUCCAAGAUAGUGCCGCCCACCUCUCUGGAUGUGCCGCUCGUCGGCAAGUACCUCAUGUUCACCAUGGUGCUCGUCACCUUCUCCAUCGUGACUAGUGUGUGUGUGCUCAACGUGCACCACCGCUCGCCCACCACGCACACCAUGGCGCCCUGGGUCAAGGCCGUCUUCCUGGAGAGGCUGCCCACGCUGCUCUUCAUGCAGCAGCCGCGCCACCACUGCGCCCGCCAACGCCUGCGCCUGCAGAGACACCAGCGCGAGCGAGAGGGGGCUGGAGCCUUCCUCUUCGGUGAGGCCCCGGGGGCUGACUCCUGCACGUGCUUCGUCAACCCCGCGUCCGUCCAGGCCUUGGAUGGGGCCUUCAGUGCUGAAUCCGCGCGAGGCGGCCCGGGGCGCUCUGGGGGACCGUGUGACUGCGGCCUCCGGGAGGCGCUCGACGGCGUGCGCUUCAUCGCCGACCACAUGCGGAGUGAGGACGACGACCAGAGCGUGAGUGAGGACUGGAAGUAUGUCGCCAUGGUGAUCGAUCGUCUGUUCCUUUGGAUCUUUGUCUUCGUCUGUGUCUUUGGCACCAUCGGCAUGUUCCUGCAGCCUCUCUUCCAGAACUACACCACGGCUACCUUCCUCCAUGCAGACCACUCAGCCCCCAGCUUCAAAUGAGGCCUCCCCAGCUCCAUGCUCCUUCCUCCCUUUGCCCUCUGUUGUAGGACAGUUCUGGGUGGAGGCGGGAUAAGUGAGCUACCAGGCCAAGGGGCACUGCCCCCAGAGAUUCACCCAUUUACUUCACCUAGAGCGCUACUCCCACACCUUCCCCAUUCCCACAGCCAUGCCAACCAGGAGGCUGGACCAGCUGUGAGCCUUUCAGCUGCUGUCCUCUUGUGCCAACCUGGGCAGCAGUGCUGAAGGUGGAGGCUGAAGGCUGAGAAGUAGAGGACAGAAUAAUAGUCUUCUACCUGGAGGAAAGCGUGAUGGGGAA